AUGAAGUCUCUGAAGAAGGAGUCGCGCCUCAGGAUCCCCACGUCUAGCAAAUUGCCUGAGCUCUUAGAAAAUGCUAAAGGUUUGGCGUUGGCAGCGGCGCCGGGUGCCAGCCAGGGGCUGGGCUGUGGGUUGGAAGCCGCGCCCCAAGAUAAGAAACGGGCAAAGGUACCCGAACAGCCCACGCCGCCCAUCCAGGAAGAACCUGAGCCUGUCAGCAACAUCCUCCAGGGAGAUGACAUUCUUGCCUUAGCCAUCAAGAAGGAAGACUUGAAGAAGCAACACGUUCCUCGACUUAAGGAACAAGAAGGAAAAGCCGUCAUCACCCAGCAUCUUCUCAUCCGGAAGCACAGGCCCAGGGAUGUCAGGAGGGAGGUCUGUCACUUGGUAGCACACCCGGCCACGCCUGACGCAGCUGCCAAGCUUCUCGACUACUCUGGUCCUGCCAACAGCUUCCAAGGCAGUGAGCAAAUCCUGCCCCACCACAUCUUGGGGUGUCUCUCGGACUUCAAAAGAAUUGCACUUGCUCGAGGGAAUACUCAGCUGGCAGAGCUCAUCCACAUCCCGCCCUGCGAGUUGAACCUCUCGUCCACUAAAGACGAGCUGAAGGACAGGUCCCCCAAAGAAGAAAAGGCGCACCUGCCUCUGCAACACAACUUUCUGAAAAACUGGCAGCGCAACCUCGCCCUGCGGAAGAAGCAGCAGGAGGCGCUCAGCGAGCGUCUGAAGAAGCCGGUCGGUGAGCUGCUGAUGCACAGCGGGGAGACCUACAGACGGAUCCAGGAGGAGCGGGAGCUCCUUGACCGAGCGCUGCCCACUGAGCAUGACGGGAAGGUCACCCAGGAGUCCAGAGGGUUCUGGAGUCGACUGGAAAAUCUGGGCGAUGAAGUCACAGGUCUGGUAAUGACCAAGACCAAGACUCAGCGAGGGCUGCUGGAGCCCAUCACCCAUGUCCGAAAGCCCCACUCUAUCCAGGUAGAGACAGGAUUGUUGGGCCAGCAGGAAGCGUGGUACCGCUACACAUGGGACCGGAGCCUGUUUCUCAUCUACCGGCGCAAGGAACUGCAGAGCAUCAUGGAGGAGCUGGACUUCAGCCAACAGGAUAUUGAAGGCCUGGAGGUGGUGGGGAAAGGCCGCCCUCUCUCAACGGUCACGGUGGAAAACUACUCGGUGGUUGAAGAGAGCAAGAGAAGCACCUCUGAAGCCACGACGCUCCUAGACUUACUAGCUAACGACGUCGACUGCGAUGUGGAAUCCAUGCCUAUUCUGGGCCCUUCUCUGCUCUUCUGCGGGAAGCCUGCUUGCUGGAUCCGAGAGAACAGCUCCGAGGAGAAGGUGCAGGUUGGAAUUGAGGUCCGGUUGACCUUUGAAACGAUAGAAGGACAGAAAACAUCUUCGGAAUUGACCGUGGUCAACAAUGGCACAGUGGUCAUUUGGUACAACUGGCAGCGGCGGUCCCAGCUGGAUGCUUUCCGAGACAUGAAGAGAAACCGGGUGCAACAGUUUUAUUUUGACAACCGGGAAGGUGUGAUUCUGCCCGAAGAAACGAAAACUUUUACCUUCUUCUUCAAGUCUUCGGAUGCUGGGAUCUUCAGGGAGUGUUGGGAAUUCGCGACACACCCCGUCCUUUUAGGAGGUGCGCUUCUGCUGGUCAAUCUCCAUGCCAUCUCCCUGACCCAAGACCUCUUUCGGGAAGGCAGGAUAUCACUACAGAAAAAGCUGGCCACACAAGAGGCCAACACCGUGGUGGAGAGUGUGAUGCAGGAGCUGCUGCAGGGCAUCCUGACCCCAGAGCGCCCGAGCUCGCCCGUGGACAGCUACCUCACCGAGGAGGAAGUGUUCCGGUACAAGAACCCCCAGCUGUGUUACCAGUACCAGGUGGUCCAGAGCCUGCAGGAGCUGUGGUGCCGAUAUGCGCCAGUGAUGGCCAAGUCCAAGGAGCUCUCCCAGAACCUGGAGCCGACGUUGCCAUUGAAAUGUACCCCCUCGGCACACCAUGGGCGCAGGCAGGAGCCCAAUGUCCUCAAGGUCGUCGAUGCUUCCUUUGGGCCCAUCAAGUCGAAAGCGUCAACCAGGAAGUCGCCGUGGAAGAAGAUCAUGGAGGGGGUGCUGGAGGAGGAGGACCUCCAACUCCAGAGCAUGCGCAGGGGCUCCCUGCCCGAGUGGAACCUCUCCUUGAAGGACUUCAGAGAGAUUAUGAUGGCCCUCCCUGAGGAGCACCAGAGAGAAGACGCCCUCAUCGGGCUCAACAAGAUGACGUCUGAGCUAUGUAAGGGCCCAAAACAGCUGCAGUCUGACUUCCGGCAUCAAAUGGGCUUGUAUCUGUGGCGGGACCUGAUUGACAGCCUAGUGAGCCACGCCCUGUGGCUGAGGUCCCUGCUGGGCCUCCCAGAGAAGGAAACCAUCUACUUGGACGUGCCAGAGGAGCAUGGCCAGGUCCUUCGCAGCCACGCCACUAUGUCUGUCUUAGAAGGGAAAGUCUCUUCUGGGAGAGCCAUGAAGGAGGACCGGAAAGGAACCGCGCAGGAGAGGAAGCAACUGGGCACCCGAGAGAGAGAGGAUAAGAAGGGGACCAAGUCACCUGCAAAAGACACACGCCAGGACCUGCAAGACCGGUUCAACAGCAAGAAGCACAAAGCCAAGGAUGACAAGAAACCCCUAAAAUCUGUCAGUCGGGACAGGGUCUACCAGGCACACUACAGCACUGGCCCUUCACAGGAGCCCACUGACCCCCUGGUGAUGGAGAAGUACACGCACAGACUGUACACUGAGGUCUACGGGCUGCUGGAAGACCUGCUCACUGACCUCAUGGCCAUGGCCGAUGAGCUCGGCCCCAUCACGAAUGUGGAGGAGACCUUGCGACUUUGCACUUGAUCCCAGUGUCUGGGCCACCU